UUUGAAGUGUCGUACUUAACUUGCUAAACUAAGAGUAUAAGCAACACACUUUGGAGCAAUGAAGAAGUUCUUUGACUCUCGGCGAGAACAGGGGGGGUCCGGAGCUGGUUCUGGUACCAUUGGGGGAAGCAGCAGCAGCACCGGACCAGGCAGCGGAUAUAUAGCCCGGGUUUUCAAUAUCGGAAGGCAUCAGGUGACAGUUGAUGAGGUUCUAGCUGAAGGUGGGUUUGCUAUUGUGUUCCUGGUGAGGACCAGCAACGGAAUGAAAUGUGCCCUCAAAAGGAUGUAUGUCAACAAUGAAUAUGACCUACAAGUCUGCAAGCGGGAGAUUCAGAUCAUGAAGGAUCUUGCUGGACACAAGAACAUUGUUGGAUACAUAGAUUCCAGUAUAAACUCUGUGAGCAGUGGGGAUGUUUGGGAAGUUUUAAUUCUAAUGGAUUUUUGCCGAGGAGGCCAGGUGGUGAACCUGAUGAAUCAGCGUUUGCAAACGGGUUUUACAGAAAGUGAAGUUCUACAGAUCUUCUGCGACACGUGUGAAGCUGUAGCCAGGCUACACCAAUGCAAGCUGCCCAUAAUCCACAGGGAUUUGAAGGUGGAGAAUAUCCUACUCCAUGAUCGUGGCCAUUAUGUCCUAUGUGAUUUUGGAAGUGCCACCAACAAAUUCCAGAACCCUCAGCUUGAAGGAGUAAAUGCGGUGGAAGAAGAGAUCAAAAAGUAUACCACGCUAUCCUACAGAGCACCGGAAAUGGUCAACCUUUACAGCGGCAAGCUGAUUACUACAAAAGCAGAUAUAUGGGCUCUGGGCUGCUUGCUAUACAAACUCUGCUAUUUCACUUUACCGUUUGGAGAGAGCCAGGUGGCAAUUUGUGAUGGGAAUUUUACCAUUCCUGACAACUCUCGCUACUCCCAAGAAAUGCACUGCCUCAUAAGGUAUAUGCUGGAGCCAGACCCUGACAAGAGGCCCGAGAUUUACCAGGUCUCCUAUUUUGCAUUCAAGCUCGCUAAGAGGGAAUGUCCAGUCCAGAAUGUACAGAGCUCCUCAAUCCCUGCCAAGCUUCCUGAGCCAGUGAAAGCAAGUGAAGCGGCUGCUAAGAAGACCCAGCCAAAAGCCAGGCUGAUGGAUCCUAUUCCUACGACAGAAACAUCCAUCACCCCACGCCAAAGACCCAAAGCUGGGCAGACGCAACCUAAUCCAGGAAUUUUGCCCAUCCAGCCUGCCCUGACUCCUAGGAAGAGGCCGACAGCUCAAGCAAAUGUCCAGGCACAUGUUGUGGUGCCAGCAUCUUUGGCUAGCAGUCAGCCCUCGCUUCCUGCAGGUCUCUCGCAGCCGAAAGCUCUGCCUCAGCCAAGUCAACCUCAGCCUAAGCAGCCGGCCCCUGUACAGCUGCCUGCUGCCGCCGCCUGCCAGCCACAGGCCCCUUCAGCUCAGCCCCAAGCCACCCCUCAGCACCAGCUCUUCCUAAAGCAGCAGCAGCAACAGGCUACCUUCUAUCAGCACCCGCCGGCAGCCCAGCAGCCAGUACAAGCUCCACCACAGCUGCAAGCGAUGCCGCAGGCACCUCAGCAACCAGUGAAACCACAGUUCCCAGCGGUACAGCAGGGAGUUGUCACAACAGUGCAACAGCAGCCAGUGCAGAACUACAUGCAGCAGCAGCAGCUACUGGCCCAACAGGCCACCGUUCAGCAGAAGACAGCUGUAGCAGCAGCACAGCAGAAGCAACCAACUCAGAUCCUGCCACAGGCACAGCCGGCUGUGGCACAGCCGGCUGCAGCACAGCCAGCCACGACACAGGAUCAGCCGCAAGCACCUCCACGUCAACAGAAGCCCCCGAUGACCCCUCCUUCGGCUGUCCAAGGGCAGAAGGUGGGCUCCCUCACUCCCCCUUCCUCCCCCAAGACACAGCGAGCUGGACACAGGCGGAUUCUGAGUGACGUGACACACAGCGCUGUCUUUGGAGUCCCGGCGAGCAAAUCGACUCAGCUUCUCCAGGCCGCAGCAGCCGAGGCCAGCCUCAAUAAAUCCAAGUCUGCUUCGACUACACCCUCUGGUUCCCCCAGAACCUCUCAACAAAAUGUCUACAACCCUCCAGACGUCUCCACCUGGAAUCCUUUUGAUGACGACAACUUCUCCAAGCUCACAGCAGAAGAGCUAUUGAACAAGGAUUUUGCAAAACUAAAUGAUGGUAAACUCCCAGAGAAGCUCUGCAGCUCCACUGAGAACCUGAUUGCGGGUUUUCAGCCAGCACCUUCCACGACACAAGCAGAUGCAUUUGGGUCAUCUUCUCUUGCAUCCGUAUCAGCUGAAAAAACAAAAGAUAUUCUGGACUCUAGCCCACCACUUCUGGCUGUUCCUGAUCCUUUCAUUCCUCUUCCACUAUCAGAUACACCAGAGAAACUGAUUGAGGGUCUCAAAUCUCCUGAGCCUGCACUUCUACUCCCUGAUAUCCUGCCUCUUGCAGAUCCCUUCGGUAGCACCUCCGAUGCUGUGAAUGGACAAGCCGACCUAACUGUUGACAGUCUCAUACCAGGCCUUGAGGCCCCCGUUCCCCAGUGUGUAUCAUCGCAGACUGAUACUAUGGCUGCAAACAGAGCAGAAGAUACUAACCUGAUCUCGGGCUUUGAUCUCCCAGAGGGCUCUGAAAAAGUGACAGAAGAUGAGUUUGACCCCAUCCCUGUGUUGAUAUCCAAAAAUUCACAAGGUGGGCAUUCUAGAAACAACAGUGGAAGCUCUGAAUCCAGUCUUCCCAACCUAGCCAGGUCUCUACUGCUAGUGGAUCAGCUCAUAGACCUGUAGCAGUCAAAUCAGUAACAGAUGCGGUUUCUGUAACGUACCUAAAUCCAACUUGUUUUUU